AUGCCAAAGGGGAACAAGAAAGUCAAGGGUCCAAAAGUCAACACCGUGAUCACGAAACAGGGGGAGGAGCUGAAAGUGUUUGAGGAUCUCGGUGAUUUUGAAACCUACUUGAAGAACGAGACGGACGAUGACGAGUUCGACAACCAGCACUGUCAAGUGCGGUACUACCCGCCGUUCAUCUUGCAGGAGACUAAAAACGGGGACCCAGAACGCAUAAAGGACACUGCAAACUGUCACUCCAAGAAAUUCGUUAGGCAUCUACACCACCACGUCGAAAAACACUUGCUCAAGGAGAUAGGCGCGGCGUUGACGCUAGAUAAUCUCAAGUUUACAGACAAGUCGAAGGACGCACAGUUUGAUAAAGUCACCUGGCACUACGUCGAGAAGGACUGUUUUGUCAAGGACAGAAACUUCACUUUGCAAGUGGACGUGUCGUGUACUAACGACACUGCUAUGGUGGACGUGGACUACAGAACUGUCCCAGUGAGGGAGCCGCCUGCUGAGGAACAGCAACAACAACAGAACGAUAGUCUCAUAUAA